UAAAAUUAAGGCGCUGCGCGCGUCGCGGCCAUUCCAGGCCAUCCCAGCCACCCUUCAGUCAUCAGCCAGAGCCGCAGUCAGAUUCAUUCGCUACCGUUAACUCUUUGAAACUGGACGUAGUGAGCGGCAGAACACGCGCUCGCGAAAAUAUCAUAUAUUCCAAAGUGAGCAACACAAAAGAGAGAGAGAGAGCAGGCACACAGAUAAUGCCAAAAAGAGAUAGUUAGUGACCAAAAGUGAUCGAAGGAAGGAAGAAGAAUAAGAAGAAGAUAGAUUAACGAAAAAACUUCGGAGAGUGCCAGCCAUUCGAGUGCCAAGUGCGAGUUGCCCCUCCGGUUAGCCCCCGAAUAGUUGUCCUAGUUGACCCUGCCCCGACCCAACCCUCGCAUGUGAGACCGGCCGGUCGCGAUCGAUCCAAUGAAAAUGGAAGAUCCCACAAUAGCCGACACGUACGUGCAGGAGUUCGAUCUGCACCAUUUGGAGGUGCCGGUUGCCGGCAGCAGCGCAAAUGCCAGCGCGACAGCGACCGCCGCCAUUGGGCAUGUGAAGCGGGAGGAUCAUAGUCCGCCACAGCCGGUGGCUGUGAAGUGGACCACUGUGCAUGGUGAGCCACCGGUUGCCGAGGAGGUGGUGCCGGAGCCGCUGGCACUGGCUGCACCAGAGGCAGCCGUAGCCGUCGAGGAGGUGUCACCGUCGCCCCACAUCAAGCUUCGCUCCUUCUCGGGCCACCAGUGGCACAUAGAUGAGCGCCGGCUGCAGCCACUCUCGCCACCGCCGGAGCAGUACGGCCCGAUGCCCGGCCAGGCCAUACUGGUCAACACAUCCUCCUCGUCGGCAGCCGGAGUGCCAGGCGGCGUUCCCUCCACCCCGCCGGAGACUCCGCCGGUUGUGGGUUCGCCGACGGGCAGCAGUAGCUGUAGGAAGGAAGCUGCGCCCGUGGUCAGUGCCGGACUGAGCCACGAAAUGAUGUGGCUGACCAACUCCAUACGUGCCGACCAGCAGCCCCUCGAUCUGCGGCCGCUGCCCUAUCCCGGUUCCCAGGAGGAGGCCGAGGAGUGGGAUCGCCAGCGGGACUAUGCCCUGCAGGCGGCUGCCGCCGCUCACCAUCAUCAUCAUGGACAGCCGCUGAUGCAGAGCCAACACCAUCCCCACACCCAUCCGCAUCCAUAUCCGCACGGCCAUCCCCACGCGCACCCGCAUCCGCACCCGCACCAGGUUGUGCUUCAGCAGGCCAAGUAUCCGCAUCAUCACUUCCACAACCUCGACCUGGCUCCCAUCAACAUGCACUCGAGCCCGCACGCCCACUCCCACACGGCAUCGUAUGGGGCAGCCUCCGGCUCGGUCACGCCCAACUGCCUGCCCCAGGUGCCGGGCUCCAACAUCAGCAGCGGCAGCAGCAGCGUGGGCGGAGGUUGCGUGCUCACCCGAGCGGCCCUUCAGCCCUGCCGCCCCAUGUCGGCCAGCUCGACGAGAUCCUCGACCAACAUGUCACCUCACACCUGCUCGGGAGCGUACAGCAACGCCACGCUGGAGGACUGCAUCAAUGACGACAUGCUGACCACGCUCACAGUGCGGGAGCUGAACAAGCGGCUUCACGGCUGCCCUCGCGAGGAGGUGGUGCGCCUGAAGCAGAAGCGGCGAACCCUGAAGAACCGCGGCUACGCCCAGAACUGCCGCUCCAAGCGCCUGCACCAACGACACGAACUGGAGAAGGCCAAUCGCCAGCUCAACCAGGACCUGCACCGCCUCAAGCAUGAGUACUCGCGCGUAUGCCAGGAGCGGGACGCCCUCAUGCAACGUCUCCAGAGGAUUGGUGCCGCCGGAGGCGGGGGUCCAGCUGGAGCUGGCGACAGCCAGAGCUCACCGGAGUUCUACCUAUGACGCCAACUGGCGGCAGCCACCACAUCCUCCGCAACAGCCUCGCAUCAGCAACGCGGCAACCAGUGGGCCGCCCAGCAACUGGCUAACUGAGUGGCUGAAACCACUCCAAGAAAAAGGUGUUCCAAAAGGUAUUUUCCCCCCACCCCAGGGAGUGUUUCCCGCCAACAAAGAACUAUUCCAAGUCUCUCUUUUUUUUAGGAUUGUGACAAUAAAUUCCGUUUAGAAUUCAGUUUGAGAUAUUUUAAAGCUAUAGUUAUAAAUAGGAAAAGAGAGAGAGAGAGAGUGGAUCAUGUUUGGAGGGAACUUUUGCUGAUUAUCAGCCUGAGACUAAAGGCAAAAAUUGAUUAAAAAACACAUUUGUAUAAAGAACAAACAUUGUAUAGAGGAAACCCAAAAUGAAAAGCAAAAUCAAAUCAAAAUCGGAAAAGGAAAAGAAAAGAGAAGGAGAAUCAUUUUGCAGCUUCUGAUUACCGGAUCGAUCGCUACAUUGUAUUACGAUUAAAAAAUUACAAAUUACAAAUUACAAAUUACGAGUUAGUAACACACGCUUAUUUGUUGAUUAGUUCUAGUUUUAGUUUCCCUUCCCUAGUAUUAAGAGCGAGCAGAAGCGUAUAUAGAUAUCAUAACUGAAAAGUAAUCACUGAAAAAAGGUAGCUGUAAUGUUGAUCUUAGAGGAUUUGUUUUCUAUUGUUUUUGGUUCUUUUUGUUGUACUGCUUAGUUCCACCACAAAACAUACUAAACUAAAGGUUGUAUUACGUUUAAAAUACUUCAAGUACUUGUACUGAUAAAAUACCAAAAUACCAAGCUGUAAAAUUGAAAAGCCAAACAAAGCAAAUCAAAACUAAACUAAAACUGAACAAACAAGUCCUAUAUGUAUAAUGUAAUACAAUAAUUGCAAACAAUAAUGUAUAUACACACCCACACACCGAUUUAAAUAACAUGCAAAAGAUACAAAGAUACAACGCCAAUUCUGUACAUUUAAGAUUCUUUUUUGGGCACACAUUCCGAGUGUCUCUCGAGUGUCACGGACUUCUGGACACAGAAGAAUACUUGCGAGUAAUGCAAGAAAUUAUAAAUUAAUUAAAAUUAACGAAACAUUGUGAGUAUCUGAUAAGUGUGCAUAAAUCAAGUUAGUAAUAAAUCUAAUUUAAAAUAACAAA